AUGUCCGAGUAUUCCCCAGAAAUCCCACACCGGGAAACACCUCAUAUCCGCCUCAAUUCAGAACAGCAUGAUGUCUUCUCCGAUGAGGACGUCACCUCUCGCCCUCUAGUCCCAGAGCAUGGGGUAGUCGGACUUGGUGUCAGUGGACGUCCGUUAACACCACGAGCCGACUCCUCUCAGUCAACCGGAACGCUGCCAACGGUAUAUUCAUCACUCAACGCUCACGGGUCAACGGAGUUCUUGAUACCGCCGCAGCCACAGACGUAUAGACAGCGCUCAGGAGAUGAUAUUACAUCGCCUAACCUGUCCGAUCGCUCAUACCGGCGCGCGAGCUGGAGCUCGGUGGGCAGCUAUUCUACAAGGAGAGGAUUCGCAUACAGCACACGGUCGCGUUCGCGCGCGGAAAGCGAGGGCGAUGAUGUCAAUACCCAGACGGUGACGGAGAAGUACAAUAUUAUGCCAACAGACGGGUUGCUGUUGUUCCCGGAGGAUGUGGAGAAAGAUGAUUACUUGCAUAACCCUGACCCCAGCGAUAGGGAGGGGGAGUGCGAUGUUUGGAAUAAGCGGGGCAUGAUUAACGUCGGCGGGUUGGUGCUGCUUACAAUUGGGUUUUUGGUGCUGUUUAUUGGUUAUCCUGUCGUUACGGCUAUGAAAGGAUUUGAAAAGACACAGUCGGGUUACCCUGAUACGCCGGAAUCGGCAUAUUCGAAGAUGUCGGCAGACGGCAAGGAGUGGAAGCUUGUGUUCUCCGACGAGUUCAACACCCCCGGCCGUACAUUCUUCGACGGAGACGACCCUUAUUACCAAGCCGUAGAUAUCUGGUACGGCGUGACCCAGGACUUAGAGUGGUACGACCCCGACGCCGUAACAACCCGUGACGGCGUCCUCGAAAUUCGCUUCGACACUUUCCCCAAUCACGACUUGGAAUACCGCUCUGGCAUGCUCCAAAGUUGGAACAAGCUCUGCUUCUCUGGCGGCCGCCUGGAAGCUAGCAUCUCGCUCCCUGGCAAUGGCGAGGUUUCCGGCUUCUGGCCUGGCUUCUGGGCAAUGGGGAAUCUGGGACGUCCUGGGUACGCUGCUACCACGGAGGGCAUGUGGCCAUACAGCUACUAUGACGAGUGCGACGCCGGGAUCACGCCGAAUCAAAGUUCUACGGAUGGCAUAAGUUGGCUCCCGGGCAUGCGUUUGCCGGCGUGUACAUGUCCGGGUUCGGACCAUCCCAGCCCUGGACGGUCUCGUUCUGCGCCAGAAAUUGAUGUAAUUGAGGCCAGUGUUUCGCCGCUGAAUGGCGAUGCCGACAAGAUGGUGGGAUCGGUGUCGCAAAGUUUGCAGAUGGCACCAUUUGAUAUUUGGUAUAUGCCUGAUUAUGACUUCACCGCCGUCUACGACCCCUCCAUAACCCAAAUAAACACCUAUCGCGGCGGGCCCUACCAACAAGCCAUGUCCGGCGUCACAAACCUCAACAACGAUUGGUACAACGGCAAAGCAUACCAAAUCUACGCCUUCGAAUACACUCCAGGGAUUCAAGGGAACGUGAGCUGGUUUGUCGGCGCCGACAAGACAUGGACGCUUGACGGGCGAGCUAUCGGUCCAAACGGCAACGUAGGGCAGCGCGUUAUCCCGCUUGAGCCGUUGUCCAUCAUCAUGAAUCUAGGCAUGGCGUGGAACUUUGCGCCCAUUGACGAUGACAUUCAGAAAUAUACGCCGGCGUACUUGCGGUUUGAUUAUAUUCGCAUCUAUCAGGACCCAGAUGCUAUCAGUGUGACUUGUGAUCCGGAGGGUUGGGAGACGACAGAGUAUAUCGAAAAGCAUCCGAAGGCGUACAUGGAUGCUAACAAGACCCAUUGGGCUGAUGCUGGAUAUGAAUGGCCGACAAACACGCUUAUGCAUAAAUGCUGA